AAUCAAUGCGUGCACGCAUGCAAAUUGAAGCUUUUGAGCAACAUAACACAGGAAGCUGAUUAUCACAUUUGUUUUUCGAAAAGACGAUUUUUUCUCAUUUACAGAAAAUUUUUAUACAAUCUUCAUAUUCAUCAUUUUGAUUAUGGCUGUUUCUGAUUCAGAUGGUGAUAAAAUUACAAUGGCAAACCAAAUUUCUAGCGCAAGAAACAUUGUUCAUGUUUCUUGCUCACAAAUCGCUCGAUUGACAAAUAAAGACAAUGGUUUGGUAAUGUUCCGUCAACGAAUUCAUUCUAUUAUUGCCAUUGGAGUGGUUCAAAACAUUCAAGAAUUUGUCAAUCGAAAUAUCUAUACCAUUGAUGAUUAUACUGGCUCGUCUAUUGAAGUUCAUCUUUAUAAAAAUGAUGUUGAAGAUGAUAUUGACUUUCCGAUUCCUGAUGUGUUUAAAACAAAUUACCUUGAAGUUAUAGGUAUGGCUCGUGUAAUCGAUAAUAAAUCAUUUAUUGUUGCAUUUCGUAUUCGAGUUAUCAAAAAUCCGAAUGAAAUCCCAACUCAUUUUUUGAAUGUGAUUCAACAAUCAUUGUUGUUGGAAAAGCGCAUGAAAGUUACGCUUAAAACAAAAGAUCAACGCAAACAAAUAGUAAGCCUUGAAUUUCAUGAUUAUGAAACAAACAAUUUAAGCCAACUUGAAAAAACUAUUUUGAAUAUUAUUAAAAGGCAUGGUAAAGGCAUGUUUGGAGUGUCAAGAGAUGAUAUUCGGCGUCAUCUGGAUCAAGUCAAUCCAAUCGAUAUCGAUAAAAGCAUUUCAUUUUUGCAGGACGAAUUUUUUAUUUUUAGCAUUAUUAACAAUCGUUUUUUCAAGUCCUAUUAAUAAUAAAUGAUUAUCUAAUCCAAUAUCCAAUAAAUCUAUAAGUCUAAA